AGGAGGAGGAGGACGGCGACGACCAGAAGGGGCCCAAGAGAGGGGGCGAGCGACCGAGCGCCGCGACGCGGAAGUGAGGUGCGUGCGGGCUGCAGCGAAGACCCCGGCCCGGCCCCUCCGAGAGCGUCCUGGGCGCUCCCUCACGCCUUGCCUUCAAGCCUUCUGCCUUUCCAUCCUCGUGAGCGGAGAACUGGGAGUGGCCAUUCGACGACAGGUUAGCGGGUUUGCCUCCCACGCCCCCAGCCUCGCGUCGCCGGCUCACAGCGGCCUCCUCUGGGGACAGUCCCCCUCCCGGUGCCGCCUCCGCCCUUCCUGUGCGCUCCUUUUCCUCCUUCUUUCCUAUUAAAUAUUAUUUGGGAAUUGUUUAAAUUUUUUUUUUUUUAAAGAGAGAGGUGGGGAGGAGUCGGAGUUGUGGAGAAGCAGAGGGACUCAGUGUGGUGUAAAGGAAUUCAUUAGCCAUGGAUGUAUUCAUGAAAGGACUUUCAAAGGCCAAGGAGGGAGUUGUGGCUGCUGCUGAGAAAACCAAACAGGGUGUGGCAGAAGCAGCAGGAAAGACAAAAGAGGGUGUUCUCUAUGUAGGCUCCAAAACCAAGGAGGGAGUGGUGCAUGGUGUGGCAACAGUGGCUGAGAAGACCAAAGAGCAAGUGACAAAUGUUGGAGGAGCAGUGGUGACGGGUGUGACAGCAGUAGCCCAGAAGACAGUGGAGGGAGCAGGGAGCAUUGCAGCAGCCACUGGCUUUGUCAAAAAGGACCAGUUGGGCAAGAAUGAAGAAGGAGCCCCACAGGAAGGAAUUCUGGAAGAUAUGCCUGUGGAUCCUGACAAUGAGGCUUAUGAAAUGCCUUCUGAGGAAGGGUAUCAAGACUACGAACCUGAAGCCUAAGAAAUAUCUUUGCUCCCAGUUUCUUGAGAUCUGCUGACAGAUGUUCCAUCCUGUACAAGUGCUCAGUUCCAAUGUGCCCAGUCACGACAUUUCUCAAAGUUUUUACAGUGUAUCUCGAAGUCUUCCAUCAGCAGUGAUUGAAGUAUCUGUACCUGCCCCCACUCAGCAUUUCGGUGCUUCCCUUUCACUGAAGUGAAUACAUGGUAGCAGGGUCUUUGUGUGCUGUGGAUUUUGUGGCUUCAAUCUACGAUGUUAAAACAAAUUAAAAACACCUAAGUGACUACCACUUAUUUCUAAAUCCUCACUAUUUUUUUGUUGCUGUUGUUCAGAAGUUGUUAGUGAUUUGCUAUCAUAUAUUAUAAGAUUUUUAGGUGUCUUUUAAUGAUACUGUCUAAGAAUAAUGACGUAUUGUGAAAUUUGUUAAUAUAUAAAAUACUUAAAAAUAUGUGAGCAUGAAACUAUGCACCUAUAAAUACUAAAUAUGAAAUUUUACCAUUUUGUGAUGUGUUUUAUUCACUUGUGUUUGUAUAUAAAUGGUGAGAAUUAAAAUAAAACGUUAUCUCAUUGCAAAAAUAUUUUAUUUUUAUCCCAUCUCACUUUAAUAAUAAAAAUCAUGCUUAUAAGCAACAUGAAUUAAGAACUGACACAAAGGACAAAAUAUAAAGUUAUUAAUAGCCAUUUGAAGAAGGAGGAAUUUUAGAAGAGGUAGAGAAAAUGGAACAUUAACCCUACACUCAGAAUUCCCUGAAGCAACACUGCCAGAAGUGUGUUUUGGUAUGCACUGGUUCCUUAAGUGGCUGUGAUUAAUUAUUGAAAGUGGGGUGUUGAAGACCCCAACUACUAUUGUAGAGUGGUCUAUUUCUCCCUUCAAUCCUGUCAAUGUUUGCUUUACGUAUUUUGGGGAACUGUUGUUUGAUGUGUAUGUGUUUAUAAUUGUUAUACAUUUUUAAUUGAGCCUUUUAUUAACAUAUAUUGUUAUUUUUGUCUUGAAAUAAUUUUUUAGUUAAAAUCUAUUUUGUCUGAUAUUGGUAUGAAUGCUGUACCUUUCUGACAAUAAAUAAUAUUCAACCAUGAAUUUAAAAAAAAAAAAGUGGGUUCCAGGGAACUAAGCAGUGUAAAAGAUGAUUUUGACUACAUCCUCCUUAGAGAGCCAUAAGACACAUUAGCACAUAUUAGCACAUUCAAGGCUCUGAGAGAAUGUGGUUAACUUUGUUUAACUCAGCAUUCCUCACUUUUUUUUUUAAUCAUCAGAAAUUCUCUCUCUCUCUCUCUUUUUCUCUCGUUCUCUUUUUUUUUUUUUUUUUUACAGGAAAUGCCUUUAAACAUCGUUGGAACUACCAGAGUCACCUUAAAGGAGAUCAAUUCUCUAGACUGAUAAAAAUUUCAUGGCCUCCUUUAAAUGUUGCCAAAUAUAUGAAUUCUAGGAUUUUUCCUUAGGAAAGGCUUUUCUCUUUCAGGGAAGAUCUAUUAACUCCCCAUGGGUGCUGAAAAUAAACUUGAUGGUGAAAAACUCUGUAUAAAUUAAUUUAAAAAUUAUUUGGUUUCUCUUUUUAAUUAUUCUGGGGCAUAGUCAUUUCUAAAAGUCACUAGUAGAAAGUAUAAUUUCAAGACAGAAUAUUCUAGACAUGCUAGCAGUUUAUAUGUAUUCAUGAGUAAUGUGAUAUAUAUUGGGCGCUGGUGAGGAAGGAAGGAGGAAUGAGUGACUAUAAGGAUGGUUACCAUAGAAACUUCCUUUUUUACCUAAUUGAAGAGAGACUACUACAGAGUGCUAAGCUGCAUGUGUCAUCUUACACUAGAGAGAAAUGGUAAGUUUCUUGUUUUAUUUAAGUUAUGUUUAAGCAAGGAAAGGAUUUGUUAUUGAACAGUAUAUUUCAGGAAGGUUAGAAAGUGGCGGUUAGGAUAUAUUUUAAAUCUACCUAAAGCAGCAUAUUUUAAAAAUUUAAAAGUAUUGGUAUUAAAUUAAGAAAUAGAGGACAGAACUAGACUGAUAGCAGUGACCUAGAACAAUUUGAGAUUAGGAAAGUUGUGACCAUGAAUUUAAGGAUUUAUGUGGAUACAAAUUCUCCUUUAAAGUGUUUCUUCCCUUAAUAUUUAUCUGACAGUUAUUUUUGAGCAGUGAAUUACUUUAUAUAUCUUAAUAGUUUAUUUGGGACCAAACACUUAAACAAAAAGUUCUUUAAGUCAUAUAAGCCUUUUCAGGAAGCUUGUCUCAUAUUCACUCCUGAGACAUUCACCUGCCAAGUGGCCUGAGGAUCAAUCCAGUCCUAGGUUUAUUUUGCAGACAUACAUUCUCCCAAGUUAUUCAGCCUCAUAUGACUCCAUGGUGGGCUUUACCAAAACAGUUCAGAGUGCACUUUGGCACACAAUUGGGAACAGAACAAUCUAAUGUGUGGUUUGGUAUUCCAAGUGGGGUCUUUUUCAGAAUCUCUGCACUAGUGUGAGAUGCAAAUAUGUUUCCUCAUCUUUCUGGCUUAUCCAGUAUGUAGCUAUUUGUGACAUAAUAAAUAUAUAAUAUAUGAAAAUA